UGCCGCCAGGCCGUCGGGCCGGCUCCCGCGUUCUGGAGAUCGAUGUUUCGCUUUGGCUGCUGCUUGUGGCUCUGACUUUCUGCGUGGCCAAAUCGCAGGAAGUAGUGAAGUGUCAACCAGGAACCAUAUAUUGCGGAACUCUUCAGCGUUGCGUUACUGAUGGGCAGUGCUCUACAGAAGCACCAACAUGCUCCAAUCUAGAGACGUACUGCAUGUCUCAGCAGCGCUGUGUGGGCGUCGGAGAGCAGUGUCAGACCUCUCCCCCGAGCCCCGGUGUCUGCCAGCCCGGUCUGCAGUUCUGUCUAUCGGCGGGCCGCUGUGUGCCGCCCCAGGGCUGCCCGGGCGCGCCUUCCAUCGGCACCGACUGCCCCCGGCGGGGUGAGGUGUACUGCGCGGCACGGAGGAGCUGCGUGCCGGCCGACCGGUGCACGCUGAGCCCCAGCGACCGGCCCCGCAGAGACUCGACGAUGUGCGGCCCGGGCACCGUGUUCUGUAUGAGCUCGGGCCACUGCGAGCCGACCGGAAAGGGGUGCUCCCCUCAGGCAGCAUUCGGCUGUAGCGGCGGCACCAGCUACUGUAUGACAGCGGCGCGGUGCCUGCCCACUCCGUGCCCCGCUCAGCCCGAGGACCCGCCGAAGCCAGAGCAACAAUGCGAGGAAGAGGAAAUAUUUUGCGCCAUCUCCGGCCAGUGCCAGCCGUCGUCAGAGCCCUGCGGCACAGUCUGCCCACCGAGUCACGUGAUCUGCGCCGGGAGGACCGGCUGCGUCUCGUACCGCGACUGCAAGAACGCGACCGGUACCGGUUUGGCGUGGACGCUGCCAUCCGCCGUGCUGCAGGACUCAAAGGAGGCCCCAGCUGCAGCCGCUCUGUCCUCGCUGCUCCACUCUUCCGCCGUCGAGACCCUGCUGGACGCUCAGGUGGUACCGUCCAUGACAGUGGAGGCCGCCGACCCCGGCUGGUGGGUGUCGGACUCCGCUGACGGACUCUUUCAGAGUGUCACCGCCGACUCCACACUGCGGCUGAACCAGUUUGUGAAAUUCCGACCGUCGCUCGACGGCGGGCUUGGAGUCAGACGCAUCAGCCUCGCCCAGGACGCUGACCGGGACACUGUGCUGCGCUACUCCGUGGUUCAGUACGUCCUCCCGUCCACCAAGCUGGUCAAUAUCACCCAGACCGAGUUCACCAUCCAGGAGGACCAGCCGAGCACCCUGCGGCUCUCAGACGUCAUACAGAUCACCGACCCGGCGACUGAAGACGAGAUGGGCCGGCUGAGGUCGGCUCUGGCGGCGGCUGACCUGGACCGGACGGCUCUGGGUUACCGUCAGCUGGACUCGCUGCUCCAGCCGACCGUGCCCGUCCGCAUCGCCUACUCCCGUCCACCACAGCGCCGCUCGGAGGUGCCCGGCACCCUGCUGCUGUCGACCGCCGGCGACCAGGACAACUGGACGGAACACAGCCUCGAGCAGCAGCCGCUGGCGCUGGAGCUGCCGCGGGAUCCCUCGGCCGCCGACCAGCCGCUGAUCACCUUCAUGCCGCGGCCCGACUUCCAGGGCGUCGUCGGCUUCGACAUCAGCGUCAGCCUCGGCGCCGCCACCACCCUGGCGCAGCUGACCGUCACGGUGGAGGCCGCCAACGACGCGCCGCUGCGCGUGGGCCCGACGCCGGAUCCGCUGCUGGUGCCCCUCGGCGCCGAGUCGGUGACCGUGUCCGUGUCGGAGCUGGUGUCCGGCUCCUUCAUGGAUCCGGACGGCCUGGCCACGGGCGCCGCCGUGCUGGUGGCCGCCGGGGAGCCGCUCGGUCGCUGGGAGUGGGCCCCGUCCGGCGCCGACCGCUGGAGCGCCCUGGAGCUGCCGACCGACGCGGUGUCGGUGGGUCUGACGGCGUCCGACUGCGGUCAACUGCCCACCGACGGAGAGAUGGCUGCGCUCAGCCGGCGGUUGACGGGCUCGGCGUCGUGCGGCGCGGCGCCGGCCGAGCUCCCGCCGACCACGGUAACACCCCAAUACCUAGCGCCCGACGACAGGCUCCGGUUCACGGCCAACAACGCCAGCCAGGUGUGGACGCGGGCAGAGGCGGCCGAGGCGGCCGUCCUGGUGGUGGCUGGCUGGGACCAGACAGCGGCGCCCAACAACAUCAGUCUGCCCGACUGCCAGCCGGACUGCGGCGGCUCAUCCAGUCUCAGCGCCUCACUGCUGCGCGUGCUGGUUCUGCGCUCCGACUGUACCCGCCUCCCCGUCUACAGUGAAGAGCACGCCUCCCAGCUGGACGCGUGUGGGGUGUGCGGAGGCCUCGGCAACUGCAUCACUUGCGACGGCCAGGUCAACGGAUCGGCCUACAGGGACUGCACCAAGUGCGUGGGCGGGACGACGGGCAUCCAGCCGGAGCGGGACUGCGCCAACCAGUGCUCGGAGAACCUCCUGGUGACCAUUAACGGCACAGAGCUGUGCGUGCCCUCGGAGGCAGCCAGGGUGCCGCCGUGUGACGGCGUGCCCGGAUCCGGAGCCUACUUCAACCUGUGCGGCCACUGCGUGCUGGGCAGCACGGGCCGACCGGCGCUGUACGGCCGGGACGCGUGUGGUCAGUGUGUCGCGGACCCGACCGCCGACAGCGGCUCGAGCUGUCCACAGCCGCUGUGUGACGGCUCCGUAACCAGCCCCCGGCGGCGAGACCACUGCGGAGAGUGCCGGCACCCGGACAGUGAUCAGUGGAGCGCGUGUCGGCCGUUUGGGAAGCCGCCGCCCGUGGUUGACCUAGCCCAGCCCGGGGUGUCGAUGCCGACGGUGCAGAUGGCUCUGAGGAACCAGACGACCGCCUGGGACCCCACGCUGGUCAGCUGCCACGUGACUGGAAUGACAGGAGAGCGCAGACAGGUGAUCACGUUCAAGGGGCCCUCGACAGUGACGGCGGAGAAGGGCGUGCUGCGCGAACGGCCCUCGGUAGGAGCUAAACUGGUUGACCUGCCCCCUGAAACCUACCAGUUCAGCUGCGGGACAGACCUUGCCGCCGACACAUUCAGCCUUGUGAACAGCAGCGAGCUGCAAAUCAGUAACUUGGAGACACCCGAGGCACUGUUCAAUGCGGAAAACAAGGUGGCGGUGGUGCUGUCCUCUGACCCGGUACCCACCGCGCCCGUGGUGCUCGGUCUGGUGCCUCCGGACGGCGUUCGACCGGCGCUGGUCGUCGUCCCUCUCACCCGACCUCAGCCAACCCCAGUGGAUGACGAAAGGACAUUGAAGCGCAUCGGUAAACUGGUGGCCAAGGGUGGCUCGGGCGCGCUGACCGCUCUCCUGCCCCGCCUGCCGUCCGCUGGAGUGUACCGGGUGAUUGUCGCCCACGACCGCGCCGGACUGGAGGCGCAGCUGCAGAGAGGAUGUGACAGCGAGUGUCAGUCUGCGGCGCUGUCUCUGCGCGUGCGGUCGGCGCCUCCGGAAAUCACAGGCGCCGAGUUCGCCCCUCCCUACCGGCACGUGACCGUCUCCUUCGACGGUCCGGUGUGGACAGAACAGGGCUGUGAGCAGCUGCUGGCCCCCGCCGCACUCCGGGCUCUUGGAGGACCCGAAGGAAGCGACUGUUCCGUCCGAAGUAAUCAGCUGUUGAUUCGCCUUGGGUCCAAGAUGGCUGCGCCCGUCAGCGGGAGCGUGGAACUGACGCUGGCUGAGGGUGGUGAUAUCGUUCAGCUGGGCAGUGGUGGGGGAGAACUGGCCAGCCGUGCUUCGGGAUCUGUGACCGUCAACUUCACACAGGCGAUGACGGAGUCGCCGCGCGUCUCGCUGCUGGGCCCGUCGGUGGUGUGCGCCUCGGCCGGGUGGCGGGCCGCGUUCCGCGCAGUCCCCGAACAGGACCUGGGCCGGCCACUCUCCUACAGCUGGAACAUCUCCUUGGAGAGGGAGACGACCCUGCGCCAGUCGGACACGCUGACCAUCUGGCAGGGAAUUAAUGCCGCCAUCGCCACUGAGGACACAGAGAGUACGGAUACAGUGUCCUCGUACACCAUCGACUCUUCAGCGCUGGUGCCGGGAUCAUUCAACUACGAGGUGUUCGUCAAGGCGCAGGCGUGGACGGGAGCGUCCCAGAUCGAGUCGCGUCCGUUCCGCGUCUCGUCCUCGGGCCUGUCCGUGUCGGUGACCGGUCCGCAGAGGAUUGGUCGCUCGAGUCUCUAUACCUACCACGUGACGGCCACCAGCUGCGACUCUGAGCAGGACGGCACCGCUGACAGUCUGACGUACUCAUGGCGCCUGCCGGGGGUAUCGCCCUCACACAUGGACGGUUUGAACAGCCGCACCGUUCGUGUGGACACCUCGGAGCUGGUGUGGCAGUCAGAGUACCUGCUGACAUGUGUGGUCAGCCGGCUCGGCACCAGCGAGGUCUACAUGGAGUCUCUCCGUCUGAGGCCGGCCACCAGCGGCGUUCGUGCCCGUCUGCCGGCCGAGCGGCGCGCCGUCCAGCCGGAGCAGCCCAUUUACCUGGACGGCAGCCGGUCAGAGGACCUGGCCGGCAGGCCGGGGAAGCUCAGCUACAGCUGGAGCUGCCGGCUGGCGGAGAGCGGCGCCGGCUGCUUCGUCGGCGACCCGUGGGAGCCGCCGCUGCAGCGGCUGGAGCAGCGGCUCGGCGACAGCGCCCUCAGCGGACCCACGCUGCGCGUGCCGGCCGGGCUGCUCGCACCAGAACAACGCUACCUGCUGACACUGAGGGUGGAGAAAGACGGUGAUGUCGACACUGCCCACACGGAGGUGUACGUCAACGCGUUGCCGACGCCUAAACUGUGGAUUGACAGGCAGACCGACGUGUUUGAUCCAUUCCAAGACAUUUUCGUAUCGGCGCAGGUGUCCACCGACUGGCCUGUGACAGUUCAGUGGGAGACAGACUUCCCGGUACCUCCGGCCGCUCUGGAGGGCGCCUCGUUCCGCCCGACCCUGGUGCCCGCCGGUGCCCGCAGGCGCCACUUUGACCUGGUGCUGCCGGCCCUGGAGAUAGCCGGCGGAGAGGAUGGCUGCACUCUAUGUGGGAAGGUGCUCCGUUUCGUGCUCCGAGCUGACAUGGAGACCAGCGACUCCCUGGUGGCCUCGGCAGAGGUCGACCUCACCAUAAUGAGCGCCCCUUCACUCGGCGAACUCAAGGCGAGAACCGUUAUUUGUAAUUCAUAUUGA